GUUCAGAUUUUUGCACCAGAGUUGUGUGUAAGGUUGUGGGUAUAAGACUCGUUUUUGGCUACAUUAAUACCAUCGUUUAAAGGGAUUGGUGAAAAGUAAUUAUUAUUGCUGGUACAUCCUUCCUUAGCUAAUUUAUCAGCUGUUUCGUUAUCAACCAAAAGAAUUAAUGGAAAAUAAAAACCAAGGUUCUUAGAUACACUAGGUUCUCCGGCUUUCACAGUAAGUAGGCGAGAAGUGAGCGGGGCUCUCAAUGAGUUUGUUUAUUUUUUGCUCAGCUUUUCUGUGGUUUGUUGGUAAACAAACUUCAUGAAUUCCGUAUAGUUGCAUAGCCUACAUAGCCAAAAUGGCUGAAUCGGGAAUUCGUUAUUCGGGAACACCUCCUGAAUAUAUACCCACCUUGAUAAAAACAUUAUUUCCUUUCGGAAAUGAACCGUAUUUCGACAGUUUCCGGCCUCUGUAGGCAGUUUUUGACCACAAAAUUAGCUCCAAAGGGGCCACAAUUGCGAUUUUUAGCAACCGAUCCACCGAAGGCUCCAGUACCGCAAGCCGAAACCAUAUUUGAUAAAAUUAUUCGGAGGCAAAUUCCGGCCGACGUCAUCUUCGAAGACGACAAAUGCCUGGCUUUCAACGAUGUGUCCCCCCAGGGCCCGGUACAUUUCCUGGUGAUUCCCAAGCGCAGAAUCCCAAAACUCGAAGAUGGAACAGGGUCCGAUGUAGAGCUAUUGGGGCAUCUGAUGCAGGUCGCUGGUAGUUUGGGCAAACAGCGAGCCCCAGGUGGUUUCCGACUUGUGGUAAACAACGGAGAACAUGGCUGCCAAACCGUUUACCAUCUGCACCUGCAUGUCAUCGGGGGACGCCAACUUGGUUGGCCACCGGGUUAGAUAGUUUUGUUACGUAACUAAAAAGCAAUAACCUGAUGGAUUGGUUGAUGGAUUUAUUUUAAUUUUUCUUGUAAUAUCUAAGAAUGCUGAAUAAAACUUGUAAGCUCUAA